AUGGAGAAGGCAGCACCGGCACCGCUGGAGAAGGCAGCACCCCUGGCACAGUUGGAGAAGGCAGCACCCCUGGCAUCGCUGGAGAAGGCAACACCCCUGGCACCGCUGGAUAAGGCAGCACCCCUGGCACCGCUGCAGAAGGCUGCACCCCUGGCACCGCUGGAGAAGGCAGCCCAGCCCGGCGAGGUCACAGCAGGGACAUGGUACCAGACCCCUCGACCCUGUCAGAGCCAGCCCUCAUCCCUCCGCAUCCCGGGAUAA